AUGGAUCAAAUGGAAGUUGUAAGCGUUUCUACUUGUGCUAACGAUAUUAAUACGCAUGAUGAAAGUGUUUUUGAGGUUUUGUCCUCUAAUAUUUACGAGGACAUUUCAUCAGGCACCUCAAUAGAUUUAACCCAAGAGUCGAUCGAAAAUCUCACUUCCCCCAUCUCACCCGAAAGUCUCACAUUUGCGAAACACGAAGAAAACGAUGAUGAAAUUUGUACGCAAGAAGCCCAAAAAUUAGAAGUGAUCGGUCAGAUUUACGAAUUAUUCAUUGGGAACUUAACUUGGUGGACCACUGACGAAAAUAUAAUAGACGCCAUUGCUGAGUUAGGCGUCAAAGAUUGCAUCGCGGUGGCUUUUUUUGAAAACCGUCGCAAUGGAAUGUCUAAGGGUCAUUGCGUAAUAUCAUUAAGGACAGAGAGCUCUGCUCGAACAGUAUUAGAAAAAUUGCCAUCCAAAGAACUUUACGGCCGUAAACCAAUAGUUACCUGUCCGAGUAAACAAGCCCUGGCAAUGCUAGAAUCCCAGUGGCAGAUGAGAGAACUUCAUGAGAAUAUUACAAACAGAGAAUCAUUCCCGUUAUUUCCAUCUUAUAGAAUACCGCCACCUCCGUCAGCCGUAUACUCAGCAAGACCUCAAUUUUUCAAUAGACCCGAAUAUACACCUAUGAUCAGACCUCAUCUUUCAUUUGAACACAUAGCAAACACCCAUCCAUACUCUAGAAGAGGAUUUGCAAUGCAUGCAGAUGCUAGAGCAUCUUUAAUAUUGAACCAACCCAGCAUUCCUGGCACCGUUUCUCCAGGGCAGGUUUCACCAAAUGAUUAUCGCAUGGCAAGGGUUUCUGAGUCAGUAGAGCUUAGCAAUGAUGCACGUGUCCAAGCUCUGUACGAUAAUUUAAUGUAUAACAAUCAGCAAAUUAGCAGUACAGCCAUUAGUAAGGCAGUUUCGGAAUCGGCUUCAGGCGACUACACGAGCGCAAUGGAUACUUUGCAAACGGCUCUUACCCUUGUCCAGCAAUCCCAAACUGUGGAAGAUGAACGGUGCCAAACCAUUAUUCGUUCCUUGCAACGUGCGUUGUUCAAUGUUCGGGCCGAGGGCGAGACAUCGGAGCGACGUGCGUUAAGGAGAGAAAGGAUUCACGAAUCUCCGCAAUGGCGUGGCCGUAGGAUAGCACGAGAGGAGAGACGUCAGCGGCAUUACUCACGCGAUUUCGUUGAGGAUCGUGUCAGAACCCGUGAUGAAGAACUACGAGGAACGGAGGAGUUGCAUAGAACCAGAAGUAGUUUUCAUCAGAACUCUAGCAGAAGAUACGACGAGGUACAAGAGAGAAGAUAUUGGAGAGAACGGACCAUUAGAAGAUACCAUCGUUGA